UAUAAAAAUGAUUCAUGACGAAUUCAACUGGUAAAUGAAGUAAUCAGACGGAAACAAGCUGGCUUGGAUGGGGUAAGACAGCGUGAGACAUCAUUGGUAGAGGCGCAGCUAUUAGUUCUAAGCACCGACCUACCUUUUGAUGACGCCCCUUUGAGCUCAACCCCUACUUGUAUAAAGGAAAUUCUCAUCGAGUUGACUUCCCAAAUUCCUUCCCUCACAUACGGCGGGCUUAGCAAUUUCAAAUAAUACACUAUCGACAUUCAUAUCCCUCAAACCCACAGGUCAAAAUGCGUUUUACUACCUCCCUUUUCGCGGCUACCCUCGCCGCAGCCCACGUUGUCGAACAGGCCCCUCGGGAUGCUAUGAUCACGCCUGCCCCCGUACUAAAGGGACGUCAGUCAUGGCAAGACUCCCUCUCGUCAGCACUUGCCCAAGCUAGCUCAGCGCAAGCACGUGCCAGCUCCAUCGCACAGCACUACGGAGGAAACGGAGCAGAAUGGCGGGCAGCCGAAAGCUCUGCUUUAGCAGCAGCCAGCUCGGCUCAAGCCGGGGCAAGCAGCAUCGCUGCGCAAUUUGGAAAACGCGAUGCUCAAGUCCUCGAUCCCCGUCAAGCUUGGAAGGAGGCGCAGUCCGCGGCUGAGAAAGCCGCCAGCGAAGUGGCUGCGAUAGCGAACAGCAUCGCAGGCGAGUUCGGCAAACGUCAGGACUGGCACUCAGCAGUCGACUCGGCCGAAAGCCUCGCAAACUCGUGGGGUAGUGCCGGACAGUCGAUCGGCAACUCGUGGGCUUCCGUCGGAUCCGAUAUCGCUAGCUCUGCUGAGAGCUAUGGCCAGUCGGUUGCUAGCGACGCUCAAGGCCUCGGGUCUUCCAUCGCAAGCAGUGCAGAGGGUCUUGGCUCAUCAAUUGCGAGCAGUGCUGAGGGUCUCGGCUCCUCGAUUGCGAACAGUGCGCAAAGCCUCGCUACAUCGGUAGUCAACAGCAUCGAGAGCGUAGCUUCUACUGCCGCUGAUGCCGCAUUGUCAUCUGCUAGCGCUGCCAUCGCUAGCGCUGAGAGUGUUGCCUCUACCGCUACCGGUACUGCCAAAGCAGCCGCCUCAUCCGCUGUCGAAAGUGCUCACUCAGCCGCCUCCGUCGCAUCAAGCGCCGCGUCAGCAGCUUCGGAAACCGCAAGCGCCAGCGCUAGUGCCGGUGUCAACACCAAUGCCGCACCGGGCAUUGUCGAGGUAUCAUCCUCGUUGUUAGGCAUGUCUGUCGCAGCUUUUGCUGUUCUCUUAGGGGCUGCUCUGUUGUAAUAAUUUAAUUUCGAAGAAUCAACAGUGUAGAUCUAGGAGGGUAACAGUAUGUAGAGGUAUUGAGGAUAUAAAACAUGACUUCUAGAGUCAGGUAGUUAAAUUUAUUAGUAAUGACACUUUAUGAAUAAACUUCUUAUUCAAAUAUCUUGUCAAGACCGAAUCGAUUAUCAGUCGUGAUGAUAAAAAAAAAUUAAUGGCCGUCGCCGGCAUCGAUGCUUACACCUACAUAUCGAAACAUCUCGGCAAAAUUCUGGUUUAAUAUUUAUUGUGCAUAUCUGCAGUCCGUAUCGUCUUGAACAUGAAUUAUGAAAAUAGGAUAUAUCGUGAAGUGGGGAGUUGUAAGAAGAGG